AUCGGUAACAGCGUUUUCGUGCAUCAUGCAGACAAUGGUAGAAAAUGUCGCGAUUCCUGAUUAAUUUUGGAGUGUGCGUCAAUGUUUGGAAGAUUUUAAACUACUCCGAGCCUCAUAACGUUACGGCAAAUGCUGGAUCUUGCCUGCUUGAUGCUACCGUAGCGAACAUCAUCCCAUCAACAACCAGACAGCUGUCAGGUCUACAACACAGCAAACGCCAGCCUCGAAUCGAGAAGUGACGGUCUGCACUCUGACAGGAUGAGUGGUGAUGGUGAUGGUUUCAACCCUGCUGCAGUGGCUCAGCCAGUAGAGGAUGUGCAAGGAGAUGGGCGGUGGAUGUCACAGCACACUCGAUUUGUGCAGGAGUGCAAGGAUGGAGAACCAGAUGUGCUUUUUGUGGGGGACUCGAUGGUACAGCUAAUGCAGCAGUAUGAGGUCUGGAGGGAGUUGUUCUCGCCACUUCAUGCGCUCAACUUUGGCAUUGGAGGCGACACCACCUGUAAUGUGUUGUGGCGGCUGCAGAACGGAGAGCUGGAAAACAUCCGUCCCAAGAUUGUGGUGGUGUGGGUAGGAACCAACAAUCACGAACAUACAGCAGAGCAAGUCGCCGGGGGAAUUCUGUCUAUUGCAAAGCUGCUCACGUCCCGUCUACCCAAAGCAAAAGUAGUAGUGCUGGGUUUGUUACCGCGGGGGGAACGUCCAAACCCUCUGAGGGAGAAGAACGCUGGUGUCAACAACUUCCUGCGCUCCUGGCUGCCGCGCUUGGCCCAGGCUCAGCUCCUGGACGUGAGCGGGGAGUUUGUUCACUCCGACGGAACCAUCAGUCCGCAGGACAUGUUCGACUUCCUCCACCUGACGUCAACAGGUUACCGCACCGUGGCCAAGCCCCUCAGCGACCUGUUGCUUCAAAUACUUGAAGAGACGCCGGAGGAGCGAAGGGCGUCGCUGGUUUGAGAUUCCGAGACCGAGCAGCACCGGGGUCAUGUCUCGCCCGCUGAUGUGGGAGGAACGGGGGAGAUGUGCCUCUGGGUUCAAUGGGAGGAAGGCGCCCUGAGAUGUCUUGGCGUUGAUGAGUGGAGGAUUGGCGUGGGUGCUGUAGAGGGAGAGAGACAUCACUACACUCUUCAAAUGACUUACUGCCCGAGACCUUGUGUGACUGCACUGUCAUCAAAUGAAGUAUUUCUGAGCACAGUUACACACCGAUAUGCGGCAAAAUACAACAACCUGUUUUCUUCCUCGAUUAUGUCUUUAUGGUAAAAGGUUGGCUGCUUUGCAACAUGUAACACUCUACAAUGUUUAUUGUCUGGUCAAAAGAGGGGGAAAAUAACCCUGUCAUGCAAUAAAAUGUAUAUCACGUUCUUAAAA